AUGCUGAAAAAAAAAAAAAAAGUAAAAAAGAGGAAAAGAGGAGGAAAAAAAACCCAAACAAGAAACAGGAAAAAAACCCAAAGACUUGUAGCUGGGAUUACGUUUCUCACACCUGUCACCACUGAUGUCCUCUCAAGGAUGGAGGACGAGGCAGUACUGGAUAGAGGGGCUUCCUUCCUUAAACAUGUAUGCGAUGAAGAAGAAGUGGAAGGUCAUCACACUAUUUACAUUGGGGUCCACGUGCCGAAGAGCUAUAGGAGAAGGAGGCGUCACAGAAGAAGACCUGGGCACAAAGAAAAGAAAGAAAAAGAGAAAAUCUCUGAGAACUACUCGGACAAGUCCGACGUAGAAAACACUGACGAGACAAGCAGCAGCAUCCUUAAACCCCUCAUCUCCCCUGCUGCCGAACGCAUCCGCUUCAUCCUCGGAGAGGAAGAUGACAGCCCCGCACCCCCGCAGCUCUUCACUGAGCUGGAUGAACUUCUGGCCAUUGACGGACAAGAGAUGGAAUGGAAGGAGACUGCAAGGUGGAUCAAGUUUGAGGAGAAGGUAGAACAAGGUGGGGAGCGAUGGAGCAAGCCUCAUGUGGCCACCUUGUCCCUUCACAGCUUGUUUGAGUUAAGGACGUGUAUAGAGAAGGGCUCAAUAAUGCUGGAUAUCGAGGCCUCUUCUCUCCCACAAGUCGUGGAAAUGAUCGUCGACAAUCAGAUUGAGACGGGGCUUUUGAAAUCGGAGCUGAAGGACAAAGUCACCUACACGCUGCUCAGGAAGCACCGGCACCAGACCAAGAAGUCCAACCUGCGCUCGCUGGCUGACAUCGGGAAGACCGUCUCCAGUGCAAGUAGGAUGUUUACCAACCCCGAUAAUGGCAGCCCAGCCAUGACUCACAGAAACCUGACUUCCACCAGUCUGAAUGACAUCUCUGACAAGCCUGAGAAAGAUCAGCUGAAGAAUAAAUUCAUGAAGAAAUUGCCCCGUGAUGCUGAGGCCUCCAAUGUGCUGGUUGGGGAGGUAGACUUCCUGGAGAGCCCUUUCAUUGCCUUCAUCCGGCUGCAGCAGGCGGUCAUGCUGGGCGCCCUGACCGAAGUCCCCGUACCUACCCGAUUUCUCUUCAUUCUCCUGGGACCGAAGGGCAAAGCGAAGUCCUACCAUGAGAUCGGCCGAGCCAUCGCCACUCUGAUGUCAGAUGAGGUAUUCCAUGACAUUGCCUACAAAGCCAAGGACCGGCAGGACCUGAUCGCUGGCAUCGACGAGUUUCUGGAUGAAGUCAUUGUGCUCCCCCCAGGGGAGUGGGAUCCAGCCAUUAGGAUAGAGCCCCCCAAGUCUCUUCCUUCUUCAGAUAAAAGGAAAAACAUGUACUCUGGUGGAGAAAAUCUGCAGAUGAAUGGAGACACACCUCAUGAUGGGGGACACGGUGGCGGGGGCCACGGGGACUGCGAGGAGCUGCAGAGAACUGGCAGGUUCUGCGGUGGCUUAAUCAAAGAUAUCAAGAGGAAAGCACCGUUCUUCGCCAGCGACUUCCUCGACGCUUUAAAUAUUCAAGCCCUUUCAGCUGUUCUCUUCAUCUACCUGGCCACAGUGACCAAUGCUAUCACUUUUGGAGGGUUGCUUGGUGAUGCUACAGAAAACAUGCAGGGCGUGCUGGAGAGCUUUCUGGGCACAGCAGUCACUGGCGCCAUAUUUUGCCUUUUUGCCGGUCAGCCACUCACAAUUCUGAGCAGCACAGGACCCGUCCUGGUCUUCGAACGGCUUCUCUUUAAUUUCAGCAAAGACAAUGAUUUUGACUACCUGGAGUUUCGUCUCUGGAUCGGGCUUUGGUCAGCCUUCCAGUGUCUCAUUCUGGUUGCUACCGAUGCCAGCUUCCUGGUCAAGUACUUCACCCGCUUCACCGAAGAAGGUUUUUCCUCCCUGAUUAGCUUCAUCUUCAUUUACGAUGCUUUUAAGAAGAUGAUCAAGCUGGCAGAUCAUUACCCGAUCAACUCGGAGUUCAAGGUGGACUAUAUCACACAUUACUCUUGUGCCUGUGAACCAUUAGAUCCGGUUAAUAGCUCAUUAUUUAACGGGACUCCGGUGCCAUCAGCUGAUGAGCUGCUGUAUUCCUCCACAGAGAAGUACAACACCACCAUUGACUGGUCAUCUCUGACAACAAAGGAGUGUUUGAAAUAUGGAGGACAACUUGUGGGCAACAAUUGCGAAUAUGUCCCUGACAUCACCCUCAUGUCUUUCAUCCUCUUUUUUGGCACUUACACCUGCUCCAUGGCCCUGAAGAAAUUCAAGACCAGUCGCUAUUUUCCGACCACUGCCCGGAAGCUUAUCAGUGACUUUGCCAUUAUCUUGUCCAUUUUGAUUUUCUGUGGGAUAGAUGCCCUUGUAGGUGUGGACACACCAAAACUAAUUGUGCCAAGUGAAUUCAAGCCAACCAGUCCCGAGAGGGGUUGGUUUAUCCCACCUUUUGGAGGGAACCCGUGGUGGGUCUACCUAGCAGCAGCUAUCCCUGCACUGCUAGUGACUAUCCUCAUCUUCAUGGACCAGCAGAUCACAGCCGUCAUCGUCAACAGGAAGGAGCACAAGCUGAAGAAAGGUGCUGGCUAUCAUUUGGAUUUGUUCUGGGUGGCCAUUCUGAUGAUCGUAUGCUCCUUUAUGGGUCUGCCUUGGUAUGUUGCUGCUACUGUGAUCUCCAUUGCUCACAUUGACAGCUUGAAGAUGGAAACGGAAACUUCAGCUCCUGGAGAACAGCCCAAGUUUUUGGGAGUGAGGGAGCAGAGAGUCACUGGAGUCAUUGUUUUCAUUCUGACCGGUGUGUCUGUCUUUAUGGCUCCCAUCCUAAAG